GGAGUGGACAAAUAUCUUGUGGUAGCAUUUAUCAAAUCAAGGAAGUUAAAAUGAACAUGCUUUGGCUCAACAGUGUCUGUAUUAUAAUUACUUUUAACUGAUAGUUUUUUUAUCCCCAUACCUGCUCAUUCAGAAUGAUAACCUUCUUUGCGAUCCCUUUUGGGUCUUGAAACAGCAGAGAUACAUUUUCAUGUUUGUUACCUGAUUACUGUCACAGAUAUGUUAUCAGAUCAGCAUGCAUUUGUAUGUGAGAAGGAACAGCACUCAAAGGAAACCCUCGUAAAUUCUGGUAAAACAUGCAAGGGCGGAGUGGGAGCUGGAAUCACUGCAGUGGGAUGAAACAUUGGACUGUCCACUGCGAUACCAAAGUUGCUAAAUUUAGAUGGGUUCAUAGGAGAGGAAGUUAAAAUGAACAUCUUCACAUUAAUACCCUGGAGAUAGCAAGGGGCGGGGGUGUUAUUAUUUUUAUUCCAUUUCUACUCAACAUGCAUAAGUAUCUUCUGCAAACUCUGAGCAGACAGUGAGUGAUAAAGAGCUCAGAGCAGCUGGAGCAGCAGAGAUGGGAGCUGGAGACGCUCUGAACUUCUGGGGACUGGUUGUGAUCGUCUUACCUGGGGUGAUGACUGGUGAAUGGGCUGUACGGUAUCCUGAGAAAGCAGUCUGUGCUAUGAGAGGAUCUACUGUGGUCAUUUCCUGUGAAUAUCAUUAUCCACAGUCAUUCAGAGUGGAGACAGUCAUGUGGUGUCAUAAUACGUGUACACACUAUUCAUAUAUCUGUCACAGUAAUAAUGAAAACAUUACUGCUCAGUACGCAGGCAGAGCAGAGUGUUUGGGGGACAAAGUGAAGAACGGUACAUUACAAAUAAAGGACAUUAAAGGCACAGAUGCAGGAGAGUAUAGAUUCAGGUUUACAACUAAUGAAACAACUGGAAAAUGGAGUGGUCAUCCUGGAGUUACUCUUAAAGUCAAUGAUGCUGCAUGGACUAUAGAUUAUCCAGAGAAAAGCCUGUGUGCAGUGAGAGGAUCGACUGUGGUCAUUCAAUGCCAGUAUAAUUAUCCAAAGUCAUACCAAGAGGAUUCGAUGAUGUGGAGUCAUAAUACUGAGGACUGUGCUGGAAAAUCACAUGUCUAUAACAGCAAUCAUAUACACAUUAGUGCCCAGUAUGCAGACAGAGCAAAGAUCUUGGGAAAUAAAGAGAAGAACUGUACAUUAAUGAUAAACAACAUUACAGAGAGUGAUGCUGGAGUGUACCGAUUCAGCUUUACAGCUAAUGGGUGUGAACAGUGUGGUCAGCCUGGAGUAGCUCUGCACGUUUUUGAAUUAAAGGUAGUGAUGACAUCUUCUAGAGGAUAUGGGAUAUUGACAGAAGGAGAUUCUGUGACUCUGACAUGUGGCACAGAGAACUGCUUUCUCAACCAAUCAGAAUUCACAUGGUUUAAGGACAAUCAGUCAAUCACAGGCACACAGUCCACACUUAACUUCAAUCCUGUCUCCUUCAAUCACUCUGGAAAGUAUUCCUGUGCAUUAAAAGGAUACAGAGGGACUGAGUCUAAUACCAUCCUACUUCACAUACAAUCUAAAGGUUAUCCAAUAACAGUAAUGGUACUGCUGCUGGGAAUACUACUGGCUGUUUUAGCUAUAAUAAUAUUCAUAAUCAGAAGGAAGAGAGAUUCAUUGAAUGUGGCGAUUGACAGAGGGGAUGAAACACAAAUUCCAAGAGAUAACGAGUAUACAAAUAUUACAGACUUUGUUUUUCAGACCAAGAGCCAGAGACAGGAAGUGUCAUCUCAGGUGGAGGACGUCUGUUAUGCUUCUGUGCAGUUUAACACCAAACAGCCAGGCAGGCAGUGUGAUGUCAGUAAACUGAAGAACCGCGAUGAUGAAGUUGUAUACGCUGCGGUCAGAGAACCAGCCAACUGCAGCUAAACUGGGAGUCAUCCUCACCCUCGGCUCUGCUCCCCUGCUUCUUCCUGAUCGAUCCUCCCUCCCUCCGCGGGGCAGCAGUCCCCUCCAGAGCUGAACACAUGCGUCAGAGGAGCUUCUGAAGCUGCAGUGACCAUAGAGCACUCUGGAGUGGCACUUUGGCUGAGAGUCAUUCUCAGUGAACUGAGGCAGACAAGCUUUCCUUAAACUGCCCCUGGAUGUGUUCCGGAAAGUGAUUUCUUUUAGAGAAUGACUCACAAGAUAAUGAACAUCAUAAGUAAAGAAUGGGUGAGGUCUAUGUGCGUUUCCAAAGUAGUAUUUUGUUGGCUCCUCUCCAGCCUCCACGUGAGAAAAGCACAGCCUGUUGAUAACAGGAACAUCAAUCCCACGUAUUUCAAAGGUGAAAUGUGGUAUGAUUGUUACACCAGAUGCAUGCUAAUGUAAAAAAAAAUGUAAACUAAUUAGAAAAUGCAUGUAAACAUACAAAUGCAAUCAUAAUUAAGGGCAACAUAAACUGAGGUAUUUGUUGAAAAUAUAAAAAUAGAAUCAAAAUGUGAUGUUGCUUCCCUGUAAAAAAAAUGUGCAAUGACAAGCAGCAGUAGAAAAAGUAAAUGACAGUUCUCAAAAGAAGCCUUAAAACAACUUAUUGAGGAGGUGGUCAAAAAUAUAUUUGAAUAAAGUAAUUACUGGAAUGUUGUGCAGCAUAUUUCACAUAACAAGAACAGCACAGCUGCAUUUAGGGGAAAAUCUUAGAGCUUCCAAGGACUUGUGUAGGCACUAGAAUCUCAUCUCUCUCAUAACACAUUCUACAGCAGUGUGUGUUCUUUAGUGCAAUGAACACACCCAGAUCAGAAGGCUAGCUAGCAAGGCUAGCUUUAUUGCAGCAGUGAGACAGACAAGCAAGUAAGAGCAGGCAGAAUCAUAGUCGUGUGUGAGGAGGGCCAGGACCAUGAAGGAAGGAACACGGCAACCAAAGAUGAAGUCAGAAUACAGAGUCGUCGUCAAUAGUGUGGGACCAAAUUUUCAGCAUCCUGGGAGAUCAGAUGGAUCCGUGGAUGCAGAUGGGGCACACGAGGAGACCAUCAGAUGGACGAGGUUGGAGAGGAAGGGCUAGAUGGGGUUUGGGCAGGACGAGCGUGAAGAUCGGGCAGGACGAGCGUGAAGAUCGGGCAGGACGAGCGUGAAGAUCGGGCAGGACGAGCGUGAAGAUCGGGCAGGACGAGCGUGAAGAUCGGGCAGGACGAGCGUGAAGAUCGGGCAGGACGAGCGUGAAGAUCGGGCAGGACGAGCGUGAAGAUCGGGCAGGACGAGCGUGAAGAUCGGGCAGGACGAGCGUGAAGAUCGGGCAGGACGAGCGUGAAGAUCGGGCAGGACGAGCGUUAAAACAUUCAGUUUGCCUCAUUAACAACUGGACAAUACCUCACACUGAGCAGGGGCUUCUGCCAGGUUUAAGUCUGCUGUGGCUAAUUGGUACUGAUUGGAAGCAGCUUACUUACAUAUUACUUUAGUUCUGAACGGUUUCGGGAAACGCUCGCUAAUUAACAAUCAAUCAAUCUUAAUUGCUAUAUGUUGGAGUGAAAUUAACUACUUUAUCAUUCUGUAUAACCAAAUAUCUGUGUCUCUAUGUUUACCAUGCUUCCUGUCAUGUACUGGAACAAGCUAUUCUUCCUCUUUCCAGCUAGCUAACACCUAUUAGUUUCACAAAUUAUUAAUAAAGAUCGCGAGUUUCAUAAACCAUUGCGAAAUACGGAAAAAAAUGCAUAUGUAAAUUGUUUGUCUCGCACUAUAAAUAAAGGAGCCAAGGGGAACCACUCUUUGUAGCUCGCACUGCAGAGAGUGUGGAUACCCUUGCGCAAGUAAAACUUUAAA